GCUUAACAAAAGAAAAAAAAAAGUUUUGUUCAUGGUUUAUAUGGUCCAUGUUGACAUCCCAUGUCGUUGUCUAGAAAACCUCUUCAGUCCAAGAAUACCAACCAAAAUCAAAUUACACCUCCACCAAAGCUAGAUAAUGACGCGUUAAAGAAAAUACAACAAUUGCAACCAUUUGGGUUGGUGCUUUCCUCACGUAUAAGAAAACCAAAGAAACAAGAGUCUCAAAAACCCAAAACAAAAGAAAUCAAAAAACGAUCCUUAGAAAGAUUAGGUUCAAAGAAAUCAAACACGCCCAAACGACAAUCCUUCAAAGAUGAAUACGAUGUACCCAUCAAUCGAUUACCUACUGACUGUUUGAUUUCUAUCUUUCAGCACUGUCAGGACUUCGAGACAUAUUGUGCUUUACUGAGUGUGUGUCAUACUUGGCGAUCCAUAGGCACUCAACCCUUUAUGUGGAGAAAGACAGCUAUCUCUUGGAAGACUAUGUAUCGACAAGUCAACAUAUUGCACUUACCUCGAAGAAGAUUUGACCAAAUGCACUAUAUACGUUCAUUGACCAUCACAGACCAUAACAAAGACAUUCAAUAUCCCAUUAUUGAUAUCAAACUAUCCCCCUUUCGAGCAUUAAGAGAGCUUUACCUCAUCAACAUGUCUUUGGCAGACAUUGACUGCUUAAUAUCAUGGCUGCGUCAUAUCAAAAAACUCUGUUGUCAACAUACUUACAUAGGACAAAGACCCAAUCUUAGACUCACCAUGUUUUCUCAACUACACCAACUAGAAUAUCUACAGAUUGACUUUGCAGAGCAUUGCAAUCUAGGUCUAAGUCGAUCGACAUUUCUUAGUGAUAGUCAAGGUGACAAGAAGGAGCAACUACCAUCCACACUCAAGACACUCUCUUUAUGGGGUGUAUAUGAUUAUGAAGAAGUCUUGUUUGAACCUCAAGUAAACCAUCAAGAAGAACAGAAUACGAUUGCCUAUUGGCUUCAAGUUGAAAAUACCCUGGUUCAGAAAUACCACGUCUUUGCCUCUUUAUCCAACUUGACAUCACUUUCUUUGGGUUAUGUGAGUUCAUUUACUUCGCGCGUUUGGCGUGAAUGUAUGCUACCUUGUGCAAACACACUAUUGUAUCUGGACAUGCAUCAAUGGGACAGUAAAAGGGAAUCACCUGAAAUGAGCUUAAGGAGAAGAUUGACAGAGGAAAACGUAAAAGAUGAUGCAGAAGAAGCCCUGGCUGAAUUUAUUGGUGCAUUAAAUCACAUCAAAGAAAUUCAGUUGGAUGCGUUUGUGUGUAGUCAGGGAUUAGUGGAUGGAUUGGCUGCUUUAGAUAAAAAGUAUGAAAUAUUGCAUGGCUUAGAUAAAGAAGAUGACCUCAAGAUUGAGUCUUUUAUGAACAAGCAAUUAAUUCAAUUCAAGAUUAAGAUACUCAAUGCAUAAAAACCAUCUUACAAAAAUAAAGAACAUGGCCUCAUCUUCAGAUAAAAAAACAUAUAAGUGUAUGUUUCAUGGUAGAUCUAUGAUAGGCAUGCAAAGGUUUGCUCUACUGAAGGUUGUUUUGCAAGCUGUACUGCUGGUGUAUCAAUAACCUUAGGUAUCUACUGAGAUAGAGGUUACAAUGGCAUCUGCACUAUGUGCAAUCGUAGACUGUUUUGUUCCACACUCACUACUUGUAGUUGAUUAGAUCUUGCGCUUAUUUAUCUUCAGUUCUUGACAUAGGCACUCUUAAGUGAAAUAAA